AUGCCUCGAAGAGACGCAAAGAAAAAAAAAUUAGAAAGAAUACUUGGUUCACAAAAAUCGACCCCAAAAGAAAUACAAGAUGCUUUUACAGAUUAUCUGUCUACUAUCAAAGAGUUUCACGAGCGUAGAUAUCUUCGAAAAGAAAUAUCAGAAGAAGAAUAUAAUGACACUAUUCAAAUUCUCAAUUCAUUAAAUGUUCGAAUGAAAAAUAUGAUUAUUCAGAUUGAAAGACUGAAAAAUAACAUCUUAGAAAAAAAAAAUAAUAAUUUACAAAUUGAAAACGAAAAAUUACGAACUGAAAAUAAAGAAUUAGAGAAUAAUAAUGAAAAUUUACAAUACGCAUUAUUUGAAGUAGCUACCUUAGCCAAUAAUAGUGAAGACAAAAAUACACAGCUACGUCAAACAAUCAAAGAUAUCUUUGACUUAUGUCAAAAUGAUAACCUUAAGCUUAAUGAGUUAAAUAGAAUUUUAUAUAAUAAUGGAGUCAGAGAAAUAAUUGUCCAAAGAGAACGUUAUUCAGACUUUAACAGUGCCGCCGAAGAAAGCUUAUAUAAUAAUGGAGUCAAAGAAAUAAUUAUCCAAAGAGAACGUUAUUCAGACUUUAACAAUGCCGCCGAAGCAAGCGAAACAAAAAUCUACGAAAUUACAGAUGGAUCUUUUCCACAACCACCACAACCGUAUACAUAUUCAUUCUGCGAAACUAACGGAGUUGACCAAGCCAAUAAGACCAAUGAA